AUGAAUGAGACCCGGAGUCUCCUUCGACAAGGCUACGAAAAGUACUUGCGCCAAGGCAUUCCUUUCCAGAUUCGUCACCCCGUCGGCGAACUAGGCUCCCAAGUCCUCCUACCAACGAAGUACUUGGAAGAAGUCAAGAAGGCCCCGACAGACCUCUUCAGCUUCGAGGCCUACUCAGCGAAGUCCUUCCUGUUGGACUACAGUCGAGCCCCAAGACAGACGGAAGCUGCGGCACAUGUAAUCCGGGUUGACCUAAACAGAAACUUGGGUCCUCUAGUGACAGAUCUCUGGAACGAAGCCGCCCAGCAUCUCAGCGAGAACGUCUCCUUUGAGUGGAAGACGGUAUCGGCUUAUGAGCUCGUAUGCAGCUUUGUGGCCCGCGUAGCUUCCGUCGCUCUCGUUGGAGCUCCACUGUGCCGGAAUCCAGCUUGGCAGCAGAUCGUCGUUGAAACGACCUUUGUUGCGUUUGGGGCUGCGCAAGCCAUCAAAGACAAGUACACGCCGCGGUGGAGGUGGCUGGCUCCCUGGUCAGAGUCGAUUCAAAAGGACUUGAGACGGAUAAGAAAACAGUCAAUUGACCUGCUCCGGCCCCUCUACAAAGAGCGGCGCGAGGCGAUGUCAAACACGGAUGACUUCCGAGAUCCAUCUGAAGUUUACAGAGACGUCGUCUUCUGGCUCAUGAAGAGCAACCAGAAGGAUCGAUCACUGUACGGAAUCACUGAAUCGCAACUGUUCCUCUCUUUGACGGCCAUACACACUACCUCGGGAACACUCAACUCGUUUGUUUACGAUUGGAUCGCGCAUCCCGAGUAUCAUGACGACAUUUUGCUGGAAGUCACCGAAACCCUAGCUAAGGUCCAGGCUAAUAAUGGCCAAUGGACACUGCAGCAUGUGGCCAUGAUGAAAAAGCUAGACAGUUUCAUGAAAGAGAGUGCUCGGUUGAAUCCCAUAGGCUUUGUAUCUACGCAGCGCUAUACACUCAAACCGUACACGUUCAAGGAUGGCUUCCACCUUCCGGCGGGCACGACUAUCAUGUUUCAUUCCGACGGUGCUCAUUAUGACGCUGAUAACUAUCCCGAUCCAGACCACUUCGAUGGUUACAGAUUCUUGCGCCUCCGCGAGACAGUCGAUCCUAAUCGAUUCCAUUACGCUUCGGUCUCGGAUAGUGCGCUUGGCUUUGGGGCCGGGAUACACGCCUGUCCGGGUCGUUUUCUCAGCGCCAUUGUAAUGAAGUUCUUCCUAAUCAACUUUAUGACGCAGUACGAAUUCAAGUACGAGCAUGGGGGCACAGAAAGACUACCGAAUCUCUACAAUGACAACACUAGCAGACCUGCCCCAACUGUCAACCUGCUGGUUAGAAGGAGGUACUAG